GAUAACAAACCAGCUGAGGAUGAACGUGGACUCGACAAAAAUAAAUAAACAAUUUCUUUCAUCCAGAAACGUUAUAACCAAUCUAUAAUUUCAGAGAAGAAUUCGACAACGUAACUAGGAUCCAUAUUAAACCAGAUGGCAUGGGCAGGCAAUAUCGGUGGUGACUUUGGUUCCCAGAAUACCUGGCCAGAUGGGACACCUAUCAAGCAUGGACUUGGACUUGGACCAUCAAAAAGAGCAUCAAACCAAGCAUACGGUGCUGGUGAUGAAGAGAGGAAGGGGAACCUCAAAGAUUUGACUGCACAGGCAUCCAAUGUGGUUGUCAUUGGCAUUGUAAUUGCAAAACAGAAACCAAGACAAGUGCAAAGUAAAACAAAUCCUGGUACUGAUCGUUCAGUGUUUGGUUUCACCCUCCGCGAUUCUCCUGUUGAUUUCAUCAAUGCGUCUUGCUGGGGUUCAAGCGAACAUGUGCUGGAACUCAGCAAUAAAUUCAGAAUUGGGGAUAUUGUUGAGCUGAAGAACCCACAAGUUCAGACUAAGUCAAAUAGUGAAAUAGAGGAGAGAUGCAGACCGUGGACUCCAAGCGCCUUCCAACUGAACGUGAGCGAACGCUACUCCAAGCUGAACCUGUAUGACGGAUGGCAUGCUGAGCCGUUCGGAGCCUUACAGCACAUGCCAAUUAGAGAGAGCACUGAUUACUAUACCCUGGGUGAUGUCCUGGCUAAUGGGCGCAAUCUUCACGGAGAGCACAUCAACCUCCUAACACUCGUCAAGAAGGUUGGUGCUCCAAAAGACAUUGUAACAAAAGGAGGUCGGGAGACAAAGAGAUGCGAGGUGUCUCUCUUUGAUGAGACAUGCUCCUCUUUUUCUAUGGUCAUCUGGGAUGAAGAAGUUAUAGAUCUGGUGCAGCAAUGGGAACCCAAGGAAACAGUGAUAUUUGCUGUGGAUAUUGUAGCAAAAUAUGAUGAUUUCCGGAACACGAUGGUAGCCAGUGUGGACUCUAAAUCCAUCUUCACAGUCAAUCCUGAUACCCGGGAGGCACAUUCUCUAUACAAGUUUGGUAAAUCAUGUACAGCUGAUGAAGAGAGUUCAGAAGACACAAGAGAGAGCAUUGAUUUACAAACCAUCCAUGAUGUAUACAUGAUAGACGAGUUGAAGGCUAAGAUGAAUGACAAGCAACCGAUGAUGAUGCAAUCACCUUAUGGCAUUGUCUAUGCGUUCCUUUCAUCCUAUGAUCUGGAUGGACCGUCGUCUGCUGUGUUAUCUAUGAGAUGUACAAGCUGUCGGUGGAGAGUAGAUAAGGAGACAGGGACAUGCUUGAAUAGCAAUUGUUCUGCUGCCCUCACUGACCAAUCCCAGGCCGUUUUGAACUAUGACCUCAGGGUCAGUCUGUCUGACCUGUCCGGAACUAUCAGUGGGGUCUUUAUCGGAGGAUAUGUGGCAGAGCAAAUCAUUGGAAAAUCGGCUGAGGACUUCUCCAAGUGUUCCAAAGGUGAGCUGACGAGGAUCAAAUGGCAGCGGCUUCUCGAGAGGUGCAAGGUGUACUUCAAGAUUCAGGAGAGACCCGGGAUCGUCAACGGCUCUUCUUCGUUUCUCAAGAUAUUGCAUUGCGAGAGAGCUGAACCCGAUGAGGUACUCAAGAACAUCAGGUCUAGACAGACACAGGCAUCUCAUGUACAGUAGUGCCUCAGUCACAUUAACUGAACAGACUCCAGGGGUCCGUAACACAAAGCUUAGCCAUCAUCGUAGAACAUUUCUUUACGAUUGAUUGCAUUGACUUCAGUGUACAAUCAGACGUGAAAAGCAAGCGUAUGAUCGAUCGCUAACCAUCGUGUUACGGGACCCAGAGCAACCAAAGAUAUUCCAUCAUUUCAAAUGACAUACGAUUGUUCGGUUUGGAGUCAUUUUUGUAGUGACUGAAACAUUUCUUCCCUCUGCUUUAUGAAAUAAGGACAGUACAACUUUGUCUGAAAAGGGGAAUUUAAUGAUUUCCACCAUCAUUGUCAUUGUAACUUUGAACAUUAAAUGGCAGUUGGAGGAUCCAUGCCGGGGAGGGGGGGAGGCGAGGGCACCCUCUAUGUUUUGAUAAUCAUCCACUGAGCAUAUAUAUACAUAUUUAAAAAAAACAGUGUAACUAAAUCAAACAAAAGUGUCAUUUACACUACCUUAAAUUUGCGCUAUGCGCCCCUUUUAUUUAAAAUUCCUGAAUAUACCACUUGUGUAUGGUGUAGGUAUUUUCCCCAUUCCUUAAGAGAAUAUCUUUAAGUGAUCCCAUUUCUUCCUUUCAGAGUUGGCUGAAAAGAUUUGAUGACAUUUUUGACAAUCUUGAAAUUUGUAAAGUUAUUUUUGCACUAUUUAAAUAACAAUCUGAAAGUAAUUUCAAUACAUGAAUGAAUGGCAAUAUUGAUUUUCUUAUAGCCUGCAGAAAUGGCUUAGAUUCAUUUAUUAUUGAACAUAUUUAAAAAUGUAUAAUAUAUUGAACCAAAGGUAUGUAUUUAUAACAUUUUAAGAAAUGCUUUAUCUAUGUUGUAUGCCAAAGAAGGAACAAUGUACUAAAACAUGAUCAAUAAUAUGCUGCUUUUUAUAAUCAUUUUUAAUGUGGUUAAUUGUAUGUAAUAUUAAAAUACAUAUUCAAAUAUUAAAUACAAUCUAAGUUUCCUAACCUCAUAAAAGAAUUACUUUUUAAUUUCAAUGUAACAUUUUAUUUGUAAAUACCUUGAUGCACAGUGAAUAUGUUUUCUAAGAAAUGUUUAUGUAAGUAUAUGAUAUGGAGGACUACAUUUUGUAUUCUUUAUGGGAAGAGAGUAUAUAUACUUAAGAAUAAAGAUAUGUGUUUUUAUAACAUUUUAACCCGAAUUCCGUACAGAAUUUGAUUUCUGCCAAAAUAUGGACUCUUCACAUCGUAUGUUUUUUUAUAUAACAAAAGGAGUUUCUUCUUAAAAAUGUGUAUUUCCCAUCUGUUUGGUCAAUGCAAGAUUCACUCGUAGGCAGAACUUUACAGAGCAAUCAUUAUCAAUAUUUGCAAUGUCGAGAGCCGUGGUGUAGUGGUUCUAACUCUUGCCUUGUAAACAGAGGGUCCUGUGUUCGAAUCCCAUCGCGGUCUAGCGUCUUUGGCAAGGCGUUAAUCCACACUUUGCUACUCUCGACCCAGGUGCUAUAUGGGUACCAGGUAGGAUGCGAAAGAUAUUGUAUGUUUGAAUUUGCCAAUGCCAUAAUUAGGCUGCAAUGAAUGCAAGGAAUGCUCCCCAGGGAGUGGAAAUUGUGCACUUUUCGUGCGGGAUUAAAAUGAAUCCAAUGACCGGGGUAAUAAUAUGCUGUAAAAUGCUUUGAGCCGUUCUGGGAAAAGCGCUAUACAAAAAAUUGACUAUUUACACAUCUUGAUUAUUUGGGAACUAUGGAGGAAGAGUGUUCCUUCAAAUGGCUCUGGGGAGCUUUACAUGAAGAGUUUUGUCGUUGUCGGUGAUAUUCACUGACUAAUGUGCUCUCAGCCAAUCAGAUGCAAGGAUUUUCAGUAGCUUAUAAUUUUUUUUUAAUGAAACCCUCAAUGCCCAAGUUGUCUCGUGUAUAGAGGGACCUCCUUCAAAUAUGUAUUUAAUUUGGAUAUGUUGCAUUGGAAGUGACUUGUGUUUAAGGUGUUUUAAUUCACUGUCUAAACAUAUAUUUUCUUAUAAAGAUAGCAAAAAGCUUGAAUAUGACUGCAUCAACAAUAUGGAAAUGGUGAAAAUUAUUUCUAUAAUCAAAUAAGGCUAACAAAUGUAGCUUCUCGUGAACGUCUAUAUACAGAAGUGGAUGAAUGUUUUGCAUGCUGCAUUAAAAAAGCAAAUUUACGCUCCGAGAACCCUCUUGUUUGAUAGCCAGACCCUUGGAGAAGAGGAGUAGAUAUUAAUCAGAUGAAAAUCAACAAAAAAUGAUACAGAACAAGGCGGGAAUAGGCGUGCUAAAGGAAUGUAAAAUAGUCAUGACGCACUCUUGAUACAAACAAACACAGAAGCAUGAUCGGUGGCCGUGUUGAGUGAGGAACUGUGCAUUUCCUUGACAUUAAACAAUGUGCUCAAUUCAGGCAUGAACACAAAUGCAGAGAAUCUUUUCCACCCAUUUUAGCGUUGACAAAUAUUGACUUGCCAAGCCCCUAUUUUUAUGGAACAUACUCUGACCGCUUCCUUCACGCCUGUAUUGGAAUAAGACAUUAAGUGAAGGGGAAGGGAGCUGGAUGGAAUAUGUCAAUGUUGUUGAAAUUGGUGAACAUUGAAUGUGUUUUAUUCAUUUGGUAACACUAUGCAGUAGUACUUGUACCAUGGCGUCUGUGUAUGUGCGAGUGCGAAUUUGCAAAAUUGUAUUCUUCAAAUUCAGAUUUCCAAAAGAAAUAAUUUUCUCUGAUCAAAUUGAUUUUAUAAUUUCUUCUUUCAAACUAUUUUACUUUUUUAUUUGUUUUAUCAAUCUAUCUAUUUAUAUAAACUCAUAGAAUAUAAUUCAUACUUGAAUAACCUAUACGUAU